AUGUCGUUUGUACGAAAUAUCUCAGAUUAUUUUAACAAAAUCGAUAAUCUUUGCUACAAUCAAAGUUGGGAAUCAGGAGAUAAAAUUGCAAAGUACCUUUCCCUCAAUGAUGAUCACUCAAAAGAAGCAUAUUUGCAUAUUUCGGAAUACGGAUCGACAUCCAGACGCUGCAGAGUCUCUGAAGAUGAAAUUAUCGAUGAAAUCGUCUGCCUCCAUCUUCAUGUACUUCACAGUGUUCAUGUGGCGAAGGAUUUGAUUUCAUCCCAAUCAACCCAAAUUCGGAUCAUCCAAUUAUUCAACAAAGAGAUUCUUCAAAAACGAAAGGAUGAGAACUGGUUUUUACCAAUUUUCUAUCGCUUGUGCACAGACUUGCGAUGGCUGAGUAAGGGAGCGGAGUCUUGUGCGUCUGGAGACGAUGAAGGAGAUUCAAAUGCGAAUUCCUUUUUUGAGAGCGCUGCCAAAGCAAUCACCGAAUGCUACCGAACUUGCGUAUCUGAUGUACACGCCGAAGAAGGAAAAACGAAAAAAGUGGCGAUGUUGAACAUGACCAAUCAACUUUUCCAGAUCUACUUCCAGAUUAACAAACUGAACCUGCUGAAACCACUGAUUCGUGCUAUAGAUAACUGUGGCCCACUGUACAACAAAUUCCUGAUGGCUGAUAAAGUAGCCUACAACUACUUCUUGGGUAGAAAGGCACUUUUCGACGGGGACUUGAUAUUAGCCGAAAAAGGAUUGGUAUAUGCGUUCAGAAACUGUCCAACUGAAAGCGUUUCAAAUAAGCGGAAAAUUCUUGUUUAUUUGAUUCCUGUAAAAAUGUUCCUUGGGCAUAUGCCAACCGCAUCUCUUCUCCAUCGGUACCGCCUUGACGAAUUCCAAGAGGUUGUUGCAGCUGUUAAAGAUGGUCACUUAGGCCGCGUCGACAAUGCGCUUCUCACGAACGGAGAGUUCUUCAUCAAAUGUGGAAUCUAUUUAGUACUUGAAAAGUUGCGCACGAUCACUUACAGAAACUUGUUCAAAAAAGUGAGUCAAAUGGUUGGAAAAGUUCAAAUCCCACUCGAUGCUUUCCAAGCAGCACUUCGAUUCGUGGGUGUGACUGAUGUUGAUAUGGAUGAACUUGAGUGCAUUAUUGCAAAUCUCAUUGCAGAAAAGAAGGUGAAAGGGUAUCUGGCUCAUCAACAUCAGAAGCUAGUCAUAUCGAAGACGAAUGCUUUUCCAACACUGUCUUCCGUUUCCUCAAACUAA